AAAAAAAAGACACUCUUCUCAGUCUGGUCAAUACUUGAAGGAAAUCAAGAUUAAAAGCAUACGAAGACAAUAUACAACAGAAACAGAUAUUGCUUAAGCAGCUGACACUGAACUAAUUAUAAUGAGAAUAUUUAGAGGGCAUAUAAAUGUUCUUAAUCUAGAUGUGAAACAGUUUCUGUAAUAGAUGUAGACAUAACAAUGAUUGUCUGCAAAAUGUUUUUUGUAGAAUCAUGUCUAAAAUUUUCAAUAAUAGUCUUUUUAAGUCAGUAUGCGUUCGUUGGUUGUCAUGACUCAAAUGAUAGAAUACUUGAAUCGACUGCACAAUACUCCGAUUUUGUAGGUUAUACUGACGCAAUGCGAGACCAGACACAUAUUGUCAGCUCUCUUGAUAACAUAUUUUCUGAGACAAAAGACAAAGUGGAUGUCCUCUCUGAUUCUUGCUCAAUGUAUGGUACAUGCGAAUAUAUUUCAGAUAUGCAAAUUCCAAUGUGUCGCUGUGAUGAAAUAUGUAAUCGUUACAAAGACUGUUGCAUUGACGCUAGUAUUAUUGAUUUGAAUGAUACCGGUGAUACUCAGUUUGAAUGUAUCUCAGAUGUUAUACAAUCAAAUGGCAAGCGUGAAGAUUACGGAAUAUUUGUUAUUAACAGUUGCCCUAAACAUUUAAGAGAUACUGAUAUUGAUAUGAAGUGUCGUACAGACGAUUUACUUGAAGUGGGGCCAUGGGUUGCCAGUGAGACAAAUUUAGUUUUUCAAAAUCGUUUCUGUGCUGCAUGUUAUACUGUUGACUCCUACACACCAUUUGCCAUAAAUAUUUUAGCCAUUCCUCUAGAUUUUGUCUUGGAACAAAUCAAUUCUACCACUAUUGCUAAGCUAAUCGCUGCAUUAACCGAUCCAUGGAAGCAUAAGAUAAAGAUAAAGUUAAUACCAACAGAAAAUAUCGAAAUUAGAUUUUGCUUAAUGAUUGAUCAACCACCAGAAGAUAAAGAUGAAGAUUGUAUGGACUAUAAACUGAAUCCUGUUAUUGACAGAGGACCUCAUAAAUAUCGUUACAGAAAUCCCAUUUAUCGGAACCAGUUUUGCGUACCGAAAAACCAUUCGUUUGAAUGUCUCGGCAAGUAUAAGAAUAGCAUAGUACCUUAUGAAGAGAUGCAUUCUCUAUAUCCACUGUCAGUGAUGUUCAAUUUUAAACGAAAAUAUCAUCGAUGUGAAAAUGAGGUAAACGGCUUAUGUAUCGACAACGAACUCUAUGUGAACUAUGAAACAAACAAAAUCUUUUCGCUUAUAUCCUCUACUUUUAUUACAUGGAGCGUGGUAGGGCAAUUAGUCCAGGUUAUGUCGUGGUCCAUUCACGCAGAGAUGAAAGCAGUGCAUAUAAGAUAUUACAAUAUUGAUGGUGUCAAUGAAGUGGGAAAUUACAACUACAGUUCGUAUGUCAUUAACCAAAUUCACAUGACUGCUCGGUUUCAGAAAAAAUUAACUGCAAACGCUAUGCUAGAUUUUGAAACUAAAUACAAGAAUGCUGUUUGGUCAAUAACAAUUAAUGAUUCACACGGACUAACGGAAGUAAAUAUAGUAGAGGAUAAUAGUUUUUCAACUCUUGUAUUCCCUAAAAAGCAAUUGAACGAACAGGAAAUCAAGACAAAGACAGAAAACUUGAAUAUUGAUAUAAAAGGCAACUUCACUUCGAAGUUAUGUGACAAAACUGUUAUUGUAUGUAAUAUAAUCGAUGGAAAUAUAGAUCAAGAACUUACUGUAAAAGAGAUAACAUGCAUUGACUUCACCCAAAGACCACCAACAACUUCUAACGCGAUGGAUGUCAGCAUGAAUAUUAUCACAUAUAUUGGCAUGGGUAUUUCUGUUAUUGCUUUAAUUGUUUCAGUAACUAUUCACAGAAGGUUGAGAAUGCACAUAAGUAUCCCUGGUUCAAAUGUGGAAAAUCUGUCUGUUGCUUUGUUAUGUGCAGACAUAGGAUUCUUGAUAGGAGUAGGUGCUAAUGAUUAUUAUUUAGUAUGUUAUGGUAUUAGUGUCAUCCUGCAUUAUCUUUGGUUGCUUGUUUUUUCAUUCAAAUCCAUUGCAUUAAUCGAUAUGUGUUACACUAUAACACAAAUGUCUAUAAACAUUUCAUAUGCAAACAGGGAGACGCAAAACAAAAAACGUAAAUUAUCAUUACUUGGUCUUUUCCUUCCGAUUAUGAUUGUUGCACCAGCAGUUGUAAUAGAUUUGAGUGAGAUUCCAGGCUUUAACCUUGAUUACAGUGGGUCUAUUUGCUUUACUACCGGAUAUCCUGCUAACUUGAUCUUUGUUUCCAUUCCGAUUGGCUUAUCAGUUAUUAUCAACAUUACAUGUCUCAUUUGUAUUGCAGGAUUCAUUGCAAAACAGUCAUUUGAACUGCAACAUGUAAGACAAUCUAAUUCGUUCAAGCACAUUCCAGUGUUUGCUCGAAUUAGUGUCGUAACUGGUAUGCUAUGGACAACUGGACUUAUAGGGGCCAUUGUUCAAACUGAAUUCAUGGAAUACCUGUUUGUAGUAUGUUGUAGUUUUCAAGGUCUGUUAAUAAGCAUUGCAAACUUGACAACAAAACGUGUUUAUCGUGCCUUGUUGAACCAUGGAAAGUCGUCUAUUCAAUGAUUCAUUUUGAACAGGUCGAAGUUUCAAAAUAUUAUUUUGACCAUCAGUAAGUUCAAUUUAUCAGUCGAUAACUCAUUGAAAUUAAAGAUUCAUAUGUUUAUCUUAGUCUGCUGUUCAAUUACAACGGAAAUUUCUUUCAAGCUCGUAAAAACUGGUAGACCAAGCUCAAAAAGCACUUUAUGCUUUUACAAGAAGAUACAAAAUAUCUCACUUCCGAUUGAUCUACAGCUAAAAUUAUUUGAUGCGUUGGUGGUUCCUAUUUUGACCUAUUCCUCGGAAUGGGGGUUUGAAAAUAAAAAUAAUACUGAAAAGUUACAUCUACAGUUUUGUAAGCGCAGUUUGGGUGUGCGAUCAUCUACGCCAAAUUUUAUGGUAUAUGGGGAACUUGGAAGAUUUCCACUUGAACUGCAGAUCAAGUAAAAAAUGGUAUGUUUUUGGCACAAGCUAGCAAUAAAUGAUUAAAAACUAUUGGGUAAACUUUAUAAGAUACUUUGGUACAUGCAUGAGCAUGAAGGCUGUAAUUUUAAGUGGUUUAACUAUGUAAAAUCUGUGUUUAAUGACUGUGGCUUUUGUGUACUAUAUAAUUUUCCGGAGCAUGUUGAUUAUAAUUAUAUUAAAAUUAAUGUAAGGCAGCGUCUCCAGGACUAGUUUAUUCAAAAAUGGUUCUCUGAUAUAAACAAUUCAUAAAGGGGGGAAUUUUAUCUACACUUUAUAGAAGAGUUUCGCUUGGAACCAUAUCUGUUUAAAUUAAGGCGGGGUCAUAGAGUAAACAUAUGUAAAUAAAGGGUAUGUAAUACAAAGUUUCCCAUCGAAACAGGAAGAUGGAGAAAUGUACCACGAAAUGAGAGUAUUUGUCCUCUCUGUAAAGCUGGUCUUUGGGAUGUAUACCACUAUAUAUGUAAAUGUACCAACUGUGAAAUUAAGGAUUUAAGGAGGAAGUUCAUACCUCCAUACUAUUUAAAAUAUCCAAAUGAAAAAAAGUACUUGGCAUGCUUAAAUAUAGUAAUAGUAAUGUGCUGUCUAAGCUGUCAAUUUUUAUUCAAAAUGUAUAACAGAUGCCUGUCUAAUUUAAAACUGUAAUAAACACAAACUUAUUUCUGAAGAUGUAUAAAUUAAAAAAUGUAUUCUGUUUGUUUUAUGAACUAUGUUGUAAUUAAUAUUGUGUAUAUAAAUAUG